AUGGCAGAAGCAGAUUUUAAAAUGGUCUCGGAACCUGUCGCCCGUGGGGUUGCCGAAGAGGAGAUGGCUAGCUCGACUAGUGAUUCUGGGGAAGAAUCUGACAGCAGUAGCUCUAGCAGCAGCACUAGUGACAGCAGCAGCAGCAGCAGCACUAGUGGCAGCAGCAGCGGCAGCGGCAGCAGCAGCAGCAGCAGCGGCAGCACUAGCAGCCGCAGCCGCUUGUAUAGAAAGAAGAGGGUACCUGAGCCUUCCGGAAGGGCGCGGCGGGCUCCGUUGGGAACAAAUUUCGUGGAUAGGCUGCCUCAGGCAGUUAGAAAUCGUGUGCAAGCGCUUAGAAACAUUCAAGAUGAAUGUGACAAGGUAGAUACCCUGUUCUUAAAAGCAAUUCAUGAUCUUGAAAGAAAAUAUGCUGAACUCAACAAGCCUCUGUAUGAUAGGCGGUUUCAAAUCAUCAAUGCAGAAUACGAGCCUACAGAAGAAGAAUGUGAAUGGAAUUCAGAGGAUGAGGAGUUCAGCAGUGAUGAGGAGGUGCAGGAUAACACCCCUAGUGAAAUGCCUCCCUUAGAGGGUGAGGAAGAAGAAAACCCUAAAGAAAACCCAGAGGUGAAAGCUGAAGAGAAGGAAGUUCCUAAAGAAAUUCCUGAGGUGAAGGAUGAAGAAAAGGAAGUUCCUAAAGAAAUUCCUGAGGUAAAGGCUGAAGAAAAAGCAGAUUCUAAAGACUGUAUGGAGGCAACCCCUGAAGUAAAAGAAGAUCCUAAAGAAGUCCCCCAGGUAAAGGCAGAUGAUAAAGAACAGCCUAAAGCAACAGAGGCUAAGGCAAGGGCUGCAGUAAGAGAGGCUCAUAAAAGAGUUCCUGAGGAAAGGCUUCAGGACAGUGUAGAUCUUAAAAGAGCUAGGAAGGGAAAGCCUAAAAGAGAAGACCCUAAAGGCAUUCCUGACUAUUGGCUGAUUGUUUUAAAGAAUGUUGACAAGCUCGGGCCUAUGAUUCAGAAGUAUGAUGAGCCCAUUCUGAAGUUCUUGUCGGAUGUUAGCCUGAAGUUCUCAAAACCUGGCCAGCCUGUAAGUUACACCUUUGAAUUUCAUUUUCUACCCAACCCAUACUUCAGAAAUGAGGUGCUGGUGAAGACAUAUAUAAUAAAGUCAAAACCAGAUCACAAUGAUCCCUUCUUUUCUUGGGGAUGGGAAAUUGAAGAUUGCAAAGGCUGCAAGAUAGACUGGAGAAGAGGAAAAGAUGUUACUGUGACAACUACCCAGAGUCGCACAACUGCUACUGGAGAAAUUGAAAUCCAGCCAAGAGUGGUUCCUAAUGCAUCAUUCUUCAACUUCUUUAGUCCUCCUGAGAUUCCUAUGAUUGGGAAGCUGGAACCACGAGAAGAUGCUAUCCUGGAUGAGGACUUUGAAAUUGGGCAGAUUUUACAUGAUAAUGUCAUCCUGAAAUCAAUCUAUUACUAUACUGGAGAAGUCAAUGGUACCUACUAUCAAUUUGGCAAGCAUUAUGGAAACAAGAAAUACAGAAAAUAAGUCAAUCUGAAAGAUUUUUCAAGAAUCUUAAAAUCUCAAGAAGUGAAGCAGAUUCAUACAGCCUUGAAAAAAGUAAAACCCUGACCUGUAACCUGAACACUAUUAUUCCUUAUAGUCAUGUUUUUGUGGUUUCUUGGUAGUCUAUAUUUUAAAAAUAGUCCUAAAAAGUGUCUAAGUGCCAGUUUAUUCUAUCUAGGCUGUUGUAGUAUAAUAUUCUUCAAAAUAUGUAAGCUGUUGUCAAUUAUCUAAAGCAUGUUAGUUUGGUGCUACACAGUGUUGAUUUUUGUGAUGUCCUUUGGUCAUGUUUCUGUUAGACUGUAGCUGUGAAACUGUCAGAAUUGUUGACUGAAACAAAUAUUUGCUUGAAAAAAAAAGUUCAUGAAGUACCAAUGCAAGUGUUUUAUUUUUUUCUUUUUUCCAGCCCAUAAGACUAAGGGUUUAAAUCUGCUUGCACUAGCUGUGCCUUCAUUAGUUUGCUAUAGAAAUCCAGUACUUAUAGUAAAUAAAACAGUGUAUUUUGAAGUUUGACUGCUUGAAAAAGAUUAGCAUACAUCUAAUGUGAAAAGACCACAUUUGAUUCAACUGAGACCUUGUGUAUGUGACAUAUAGUGGCCUAUAAAUUUAAUCAUAAUGAUGUUAUUGUUUACCACUGAGGUGUUAAUAUAACAUAGUAUUUUUGAAAAAGUUUCUUCAUCUUAUAUUGUGUAAUUGUAAACUAAAGAUACCGUGUUUUCUUUGUAUUGUGUUCUACCUUCCCUUUCACUGAAAAUGAUCACUUCAUUUGAUACUGUUUUUCAUGUUCUUGUAUUGCAACCUAAAAUAAAUAAAUAUUAAAGUGUGUUAUACUAUAAAAA